AUGACGACGCCCACCUCAGGCCCCGGCGAGGAAAAGCCGAUAUACAACCGCCUCCCGCCCUCCCCACAACUCUCCUACACAUCAGAUGGAGAGCUCGAUACACCAAAACACCCUGUCCGCGUCGCCGUCUCUCCCAUCCCAGAAAAGGACGCCCCUGAAGACCAGAUGGCCUCUCAUAAUCCACAACAACCAGAACUCGAACCGCUACAACCUCACUCACACCCAGAGCCACACUCAGUGCCCGGACCCGUCCCAGUCCCAGCAGCACAACCCGACUACGACCCCUCCAUCGGCGCAAAGCCCUACUCCCCUUUCUACCGCCAUGCAACAACACCCUCUGCGGCCUCGGCCAUCGCCCGACUCAAAUCACAACGAAAACGGACGCGCAGCUUCGGCAUCGCCAGCCCGAUCGAUGAUCUAGAGAACGGGUCGCGCCCGCCAUGGAAGCGACUGAGCGACGACGAGACGCGCAACAUGAGCACGACAAACCGCGAGUCGAAGCUCUGGGCGCAGAAGAAGAGGCAUUUUGACUGUCUGAGCGGGCUGACCAAGAAGCAGCGCAUGGGUGUGAAGAUCGGGAUUGCGGUCGUGGUGGUGGGCUGUAUGGUGGCGAUUGCGCUGGGGAUUACGGCGGCGGUGGGCGGCGGUGUUUGGAGUGGAAAUCAUCGGUCGGAGCAGGUUCAUUAG